GAUUAGAUCUGCACCAGGGCAGCACUAUGAAUCCCAUGAGCCAAUCUGCCUUGGUGCCAUUAAGAAAAAAGGCAAAAAUGGUGCAUAUUUCCCAGUCGUUCUGCCAACAUCACAUCAAAUUUAAAGAAAUUGUCUUGUUUCUCGUGGAGAGGAAAAUGGGGUCAAGCAGGAGAGCUUUCCUAAUGGACCUAGCACGGAAAAGAGGUUUCCAAACCGAAAUUGAAUUAAGUGAUUCCGUCACUCAUAUUGUAGCUGAGAACAAUUCUGGUCCUGAAGUCUUGAAGUGGCUGCAAUCUAAAAACCUGGGCUUCACAGACAAAACUCACAUAUUGGAUAUCUCUUGGUUCACGGAAUGUAUGGAGGCGAAGCACCCUGUUGAAAUACAAAACAGACACUUACUUACGGUACAACAAGAUUGUUCUGCCAAUUUCAAUCCACCACUCUCUUCAUCAUGUGUCCAAGUCUCACAAUAUGCGUGCCAGAGACGUACAACCUUACAAGACACCAACAGAAUAUUCACGGAUGCUUUUGACAUUCUGGCAGAAUAUUUUGAAUUCUCUGAAAAUAAAGGACGAAAGGUUGCAUUUCUGAGGGCAUCAUCCCUUAUAAAAUCCCUUCCAUUUCCCAUAACAGCAAUGAAGGAAGUAGAAAGGUUGCCCUGGCUGGGAGAUCAGAUGAAAGCCAUAAUUGAGGAAAUUCUCGAAGAAGGAAAAUCUUACAAAGUUUUAGAACUUAUGAGUGAGGAGCGCUAUAAGUCCUUCAAGCAGUUCACCUCAGUCUUUGGCGUGGGCCUGAAAACCUCUGAUAAGUGGUACAGAAUGGGGUUUCGUACACUUGAAGACAUUAAAAAUGAAAAGGAGCUGAAAUUAACAAAAAUGCAGAAAUGCGGGUUUCUUUAUUAUGAGGAUAUCACAAGCAGUGUGUCCUGGGCAGAAGCAGAGACUACUGACCAACUUAUAAAGAGCAUUGUCUGGAAAUUUGUACCUGAUGCUGUUGUGACAUUAACUGGGGGCUUCAGAAGGGGCAAAAAAAAUGGCCAUGAUGUGGACAUUAUAAUUACUUGUCCAAGGAAAGGAAAGGAAAAAAAUAUUUUACACAAUACAAUAUCUGUACUGAAAAAUCAGGGACUGCUUCUUUUCUCUGAUAUCAUUGAAUCGACAUUUGUUGAAACCAAACUUCCCAGUAAACACGUGGAUGCCCUUGAUCAUUUUCAAAAAGCCUUUCUUAUUCUUAAACUUCCGACGCAACAAACGGCCAUUGGUGAUAUAAUCGAUCCCUGUGGAUGUGAGGGAAGAAAGUGGAAGGCUGUCCGUCUGGACUUGGUUAUUACUCCAUAUGAACAAUAUUCUUACGCUCUUCUAGGAUGGACAGGCUCCAGGCAGUUUGAGCGGGAUUUGCGGAGAUACACUACCCACGAGAGAAAGAUGAUGCUGGAUAACCACGGCCUCUAUGAUAAAAGCAAGAAAGUUUUUCUUAAAGCCAGCAAUGAAGAAGAGAUCUUUGAACACCUUGGACUGGAUUACCUUGAACCCUGGGAAAGAAACGCAUAAGAACACACUGUAGCUAUUGUUUUCCCAUUGUCUAUCUGACACAGAAGCAGGUUGUAUGAUUUACAUUACAAAGCAGCAAUCAUUUUUCAUUUUAGUCAAGCUGAAGUUUAAUGCUUUACCAUAAUGACCUGGUUACUUGGCAGCUACAUUAGAUGCAAAAUAUUCAGCUCAUUACGGCUUUGCGCAAAGCAGAACUUAUUCAUUGUAACGAACUUUAGUGACAAGUAGAAAUACAGUAGAAAUUCCUCAAGAAAAAUGGAACCUUUCUAUAGACUGGGGCUUGUUCACAUCCGCAAGUCCAGUUUGCGCUCCCUGCAAUUAUUCCACAGUUGCCAUAAAACCACUUUCCAUUAAAGGCGGCAUACUGUACAUGUUUAGAUUUUAGUCGUCUUAUGACGAACAUUUGGGUAUCGAUCUAAAAACAUUUAGGUUGAAAUUCUAGGAUUAAAAUCAAUGUUCUGACCAUUAAUAAUUGGCAGAAAACAAUCGUAAGAAAGUUAUGUCCCGGAAAUACAUUAUAGGCCCCCCAUGGAUAAUACACCUGGUAUGGAUAAUACCCAUGGUAACACAUGCACAGAUUGUCGCUGUCCAACAAAAAUUUUCCAACCUGUCCAGUCGACUUAACGAUCACCAUGAUACAAAAAUUAUCGCAACAGUAAUUCAAAACCCUCACAUUUCUGAAAAUCAUACGAUUAUGGGUGCGUGUAUGGCCAGCUUGUCAGUAGUCGAGUCAAAUUGAGCUACUUGCACUUUUUUAUAUACAUAAGUGGUAAAUACACAGGCAAUGUAUGCUCUGUCCAUACAAUGUACCUUUACUCUUUUCUCACACAGCUUAUGAUUUAAUAGUCUAAUGAUCCAAUUACCACGGUAGUAAAUCUGAUGUAUUUGUGAAAAUAAUGUCAGUAGUUUGUGCUUAUAGGGAUAUGAACACAUAGCAUGUCUGGCAUUGUAAGUGCACAGCUGAAGGCAGCAAUACUUGCUUAAAGUGAUAGGCAGUAAUCAUCUCCAUUUUUGCAAUAGUCAUGUUUAAUUUUUGAAGCACUUCUAAAUAUUGCUUGGUUGUUUUCUGUUACAAACCAUAUUCAGUUUUAAUAAAAUGGCAUAGUUUUGAAA